AUGUUAGAUUAUCCGGUUGUGUUCCGAUGUGCGGAAUGUGCAACAGAAUCACCUACUCUCGAUCAUUUGGAAUCACAUAUAUGGAGCCGGCACUUAAGGAGUUUUCCAUAUAAAUGUUCUAUAUGUUCAUAUCCCGCUAUCAAUCAUAGCGGUCUUGUAGCUCAUUUCCAAACCGAACAUCAUACGUGUAGACAUAUUGAGUUCAAAAGAAAAGUUUCGGAUGAAGUCAAGUUGCGGGAUAUUGUUGCGGCUUCGAUUGUUGUACCCAUUUAUGAUGAUGACGAUGAACAUAUCUUCGAUCAAAAUCAGGAAUCUCAAUCUUUAGAAGAAGUACAUGAUACAGUAGUUUUGGAAGAUAAUACUAUAGCUAUGGAAGAUAUCAAUGUAGGGAAUCAUAUGAUACCUACCCACAUUAAUGAUCAAACGAACGAGGAUAAUGUGAUAUUCAUGGGGAUGAAAGAAGAGUUUGGAAAGGUGGAUAUACAAAUGGUUGAAGCAACUGAAGAACAAAUUUUAGAUUUACAAGAUAACUUACAAGGACAUAACACGUUAAAUAUGCCUGUGAUAGAGGAAACUGGUGAUUUAAUAGAUGGCGAUGAUGAAUCGUCGUAUGCUGUGUAUUCUGGUCACGAUCUAUUAGAUGAAGCUUAUGAGUAUAUAGACCAAGAUGGAAAUACUGUUUAUGUGACCGACCAUUACCCAGCAACGAGUAAAAGUCAGAGAAAUAUGAGAUUACGUGUGCUGAAAGACAGGCAUAUGGAUAUGGUGGUUAACAGGGUAGCGAAUAUUGGGAAACGUCGACGCGGCAGUACAGUUUGGGAAUGUCCAGAAUGUGGUAAAAUUGUUAAAUAUCCAUCAAGAAUAGAAGAACAUCGAAGAUCACAUACAGGAGAAAAGCCUCAUCAGUGUGAAGAAUGUGGUCAAAAGUUCUCUCAAAAAGGAGCUUUGAAAUGUCACAUGAGGCUUCAUUCAGGAGAACGUCCUUAUCCCUGUACGUGGGAAUGUGGCAAAUCUUUUGUCUCUGCUUCGGCCCAGAGAAUGCAUGAGAAACAACAUAGUGGUGAACGGCCUUUCAAAUGCAGAGUAUGUGGUCGGUUAUUUGGCAAACGAUCUCAUCUAAUAAGACAUGAACAGACAAUACAUAGAGUUGAAACAAUAGAUCCACGGCGAAUUCUCGCUAGAGGUUUAGAUGCUGCUGGUGAUCACGAGCCGACGUUGAAAGGAAUAGUUGAAGGAGUCUUACAAGAAGUUCGACAAGAGCGAUUCGAAAAGAAUCUGAAAAAGGAAUAA